UUUUUUUUUUUUUAAUUUCACCCCUUCUUUAUUUAUUCCUCUGCAUUUCCAACCCGUUAAUUUCUUCUCUUGUAUAUGACAUAAUGGCAAACACAGCGUCGUCCGCAAUGCCCCUGCCCGUCAAGGACUCGGCCGCACAGGCUAUUUCCAAUGGCGAACCGGUGCUGACGUUUGCGCCGUCGACGCGGUUCUCACCGCCGCCCAUCGCCCGCCGACGCACAGCAUCAUCGCAUGACUCAGACGAGCAGGACACCGACCCCGAUGACCUGGUGGCCAGCCAAACAGACCUUGCGCGGGAGCAGCUGAAGCGAGACGUGGUCGGGCCCGGCCUGGUAAAGGAGAAGGAGGUCAAGUGCGGGUUCCUCGCAAAGCGCACCGGAGGGGCCGGCAAGACGUGGAACAAGCGGUGGUGCGUGCUGCGGCUGCAGUCAUUGUCGAUAUACAAAAACAACAGCGAGUACAAGCUGAAGCGCAUAAUCCGGGUCGACGAGAUCGUCAGCGUGAAGCCCAUUGAGAAGCGCAACCGGCCGUUCGCCUUUAUGGUGACCACCAACGACCGCAGCUUCUACUUUGACGCAUCUAGCAGCCAGGAGCUGGACAGCUGGCUCGAGGCAGUGCAGCGCGCCAUCGAUAUCGUCAAUGGCCAGGACGGGCGGGAAUCGGAUGAGACAGUGCGCCGGCAAUUUGCCACGGCCUCGCGCGCAUUAUCGCCACAGGCAACUACUGCCCAGGCUACUGCUGGCGACUUCUUUUCGCUGCCGGCUGCAGGCAACCAGCGCCGCUCCAGCGGUAUGGCCAGAGCAGUGCACACCAUCUUCGAAGGCAGUGCCGACGACAGAAACAUCUACUCGGAGCCCAGCACGUCGCCCGACCUUAUCCCUGUGGCUGCUGUAAAGAGCACAUCGAUGCCCAGCGACGCACACCAGGGUCUGUGCAUUGACACCAAUCCGCAUGUGCUGAAGCAGCAGGGGACUGGGCAGCUUGCAGCGGAGGAGACAGACGCGGUCACUGCAUUCCCGCCCGGUAUCAACCCGGAGAGCGAGGCAGCGCCCGUGCUCGACGACGAAGAGGAAGACGACGAGCCCAACUUCAACACCGACCAUCGGCGCGAGAUCGAGGACAAGCUGGCCGACGACCAGGUCAUCCUCAGCGGAUACCUGCUGAAGCAGGACAAGCUGAAGCAGUGGCGCAAGCGGUGGUUCGUGCUGAGGCGCAACACCCUGUCAUACUACCACAGCAGCAAGGAGUACGAGCUGAAGCAGAUUAUGCGCCGGGAGGAUGUCCACUCGGUGCGCGAACCCGACCCAUGCACAGCCAAGGCAAAGUCGCUGCACCGCGGCUACUUCAAGAUCGUCACCACGAAGCGCAGCUACUGGAUUGCCCACGACAACAACGCCAUGGCUGGCGCCUGGUUCAAGGCCCUGGAGCAGUGGAAGGCUGGCACCAUUGACAUGUCGUCGCAGGCGGUCAAGCUGGCCAAGAAGCUGGCCAGCCUUGACCCAGCUGAGGGCGCACCCGGCCACCCGCAUGGCCCGUCGGGCGCCCGCCAGCGCCGUCGCAGCAGUGCUGCCAACUUCUGAUUAAUCCCCCUUUGUAAGUAAAUUAUUUUCCUUAGCCGCUGCUUGCUCUCACUAGAGAGCGCCGUUCGAUCGGCCAAAUUGUUGUCCCACGUCCAGUGACCGGACAGGACACAAGGAAUUGGAAGCCAGACCUUUCUUGCUGCUGCUUUCAUCUUCUG